GUGGGUUGGCGGGGAGAGUGGAUGCCGAUAUGCCAUUGCCUUUCUUUUUUCUCUUUUUCCUCUCAUCUCCACUUCCUCUCUCCCCUUUUGUGUUUCUAUUUUUAUUCUCUCUCCGUCGCUCGCUUUCCUUUCUCUUCUCGCCAACCCCACCACCACCAUCACCUUCAACACCCAACGCCGUGAGGAAUUGAGAAUAGAGAGAGAGAGAGAGAUCAGUAGCAGCGCCUGCGGGUUCUUGGUUUUAUUAUACAUAGAUGGGUUCGUCUGCUGGUUCUGGGAGCAGCUACGAUUACGCUUUCAAGAUACUGUUGAUCGGUGACUCCGGGGUGGGGAAGAGCAGUCUGCUUCUCAGUUUCAUCUCCAGCCAUGUCGACGAUCUCGCCCCGACUAUCGGAGUGGAUUUUAAGAUCAAACAUCUUACAGUUGGUGGGAAGAGGCUGAAACUCACGAUAUGGGACACGGCUGGGCAGGAGAAAUUUAGGACGCUAACUAGUUCUUAUUAUAGAGGUGCUCAAGGAAUCAUUCUAGUUUAUGAUGUGACGAGGCGAGAAACUUUUACAAACUUAGCUGAUAUAUGGGCCAGGGAAAUUGACUUGUACUCCACUAGUCAAGACUGCGUCAAAAUGGUUGUUGGGAAUAAAGUUGACAAGGAAACUGAGAAGAUGGUGACAAGGGAAGAGGGAAUUGCUUUUGCACAAGAGUAUGGAUGCUUGUUUCUUGAAUGCAGUGCAAAAACACGAGAAAAUGUGGAGAAAUGUUUUGAAGAACUUGCCCUGAAGAUUCUUGAGGUUCCUAGUCUAUUGGAGGAAGGAUCUGCAACCGUGAAGAGGAACAUUUUGAAACAGAAUCCGGAAGAUCAUGCAAGCCAAGGCGGGGGCUGUUGCUUGUAAAUAUUACAUGGUCUAUGACUUGAUGAAAAUAGCUGGCUGUUCAGAAUUUCCUGAGCAAAUAAUUAAGUGAUGACAUGCAAUCACAUCAUCAAAAGCCUGCUCCAAGAUGAUGUUAAUGAGUGUGUUUGUUUGCUCAUUCCUUUCAUGUCAAUCUAGUAGUGGGUCUGAGUGUAGAAUGAAAAGAAAUGAUUCUAUACAUCUCUUUCUGAUUUGCUUAAAGUGCUUUCUAUUUGAUGCUUGUAUGUGUUUUGAGUCAUGGAAGCUUGACAGAACAUGUGAAAAAUUUGUAUUGCUAGUUGAAACAAUUGUUCGUAGAAGA